AAGAACAAAAUAGAGGGUAUAAAAAAGAACUCAACACCCACACACACCACUCACUCACUAAACUCAAAGAACCACAUCAAACAAAGGUCAACAAAACAGACCACAAAAGGAAAGAGAAACAACAAAACACUCUUCAUCUCUCUCUCCUUCUUCAUGGAAACCUCAACAACAACAACAACUAUUACAAUUAAUGGCCGCCAUUAUCAACAUCACUAACUAGCAACCAACCACAAGCAGCAGCUGAAUCUACAACCUACCCAUCAUCUUUUUUCUCACUCUCUCUCUCUAAAAACCCUCCUUGGUUUUCGUGCCACCCAUCUACUCUCUUCAAUUAUUAUUCUCAUAUCCCACUUCCGGUUCGAGAUCUGGUCUCCGGCGACAUAAUGGGUAGCAAAUGGAGGAAAGUGAAGAUGGCUUUAGCUUCUAAUUUGUGUGUUUAUGUUCCCACGGCGGAUGCUGACGAUUCUCCGCCGCAUUCCGAUGGGUUUUCAGAUGUUGGGUUGCUGUCUCCGGCGCCGGCGGGGUGGAGCGUCGGUGGGUCUGGUGCUCGUCCGGCGUCUCCUAGUUUACGACUGUCUAAAAGCUUCAACAGAUCUUCUAAGAAAACAUGCACGAUAUGUUUAGCUUCGAUGAAACGAGGAGAAGGUCAAGCUAUUUUUACAGCCGAAUGUUCGCAUUCGUUCCAUUUCCAGUGUAUCGCUUCAAACGUAAAACACGGUAAUAAAAUCUGCCCGGUUUGCAGAGCAAAAUGGAAAGAAGUUCCGUUGCAGGGUCCUACUAAUCCAGGUCCACCAUUAGGAAGAACAAGAAUAAAUCCCGUAAACUGGUCAAAUGACAACUCGGUUAUGACUUUGCUCCGCCCAAUUCCUCCUCGUCCAAACAGCCCCCGACACGCUGCAGCACCGAUUUUCCCGACCCCCGAACCAACCAUAUUUAACGAUGAUGAAGCGUUAGACCUUAAAUUUACAAACAGACCCUGUUUAGAAAACUCUAAUCUGAAAAGGGUAUUGGUCAAAACAUACACCGAGGUUCCAGCGGUCCCACGGUUUAGCGCUGCUGACGAUUUCACCGUUUUGAUCCACUUAAAAGCACCGGCUUCCGUGUCAGGGGUUAAGUCUAGUAACACGAACCAAGGUCCCACUUUCAGCCAAGUGAAUCAGACCCCACGAGCGCCUGUUGAUCUAGUCACGGUUCUGGAUACAAGUGGUAGCAUGGCCGGUACAAAACUUGCUCUUUUAAAGCGUGCCAUGGGUUUCGUAAUUCAAAACCUCGGACCUGCUGACAGGCUGGCGGUGAUUGCCUUCUCGUCAACCGCCCGCCGUCUUUUUCCGCUUCGGAAAAUGUCCGAUACGGGAAAGCAGCAAGCCCUCCAAGCCGUCAACUCUUUGGUGGCUAAUGGCGGCACUAAUAUUGCCGAAGGUCUGAGAAAAGGCGCUAAAGUGAUGGAAGACCGAAGAGAGAACAACCCAGUUGGGAGUAUAAUUCUGUUAUCAGAUGGACAAGACACGUAUACUGUGAACGGAAGUUCGAAUCCCGGUGGCCGGAAAAAUCAGUCAAAUUACGAGUUACUCCUUCCGGAGUCUAUCCACGGUGGUGACGGGAACCCGGGAAUUAAAAUUCCGGUCCAUGCUUUUGGGUUCGGGACGGAUCACGAUGCUUCGUCAAUGCACUCAAUUUCCGAGAUUUCGGGUGGGACGUUUUCGUUUAUUGAAACCGAAGGGGUGAUUCAAGAUGCAUUUGCACAAUGUAUAGGUGGACUUUUGAGUGUUGUGGUCAAAGAUGCUCGAGUGAUUCUCGAGAGUGUAAACGCUAAUGUUGUUCUUAGAUCUUUAAAGGCGGGUAGUUACAAGAGUCACUUGAUGCAAGAUGGGAAAUCUGGUUGCAUUGAUGUGGGGGAUUUGUAUGCUGAUGAAGAGAGAGAUUUUCUUGUUUCGGUCAACAUCCCGAAAGAGUUGACUUCUUAUGAGACUUGUUUGUUGAAAGUGAGAUGCCAUUACACUGAUCCUUUGACUAAAGAGACGGUCAACUUAGAGAGUGUGGAUGUCGUGAUCAAAAGACCGGAAAUUCUUGGUCAAGAAGUUGUUUCCGUUGAAGUUGACAGACAAAAGAACAGGUUACACGCAGCGGAAGCUAUGGUACAAGCUAGAACUGCAGCGGAAGAAGGUGAUCUGGCACAAGCCAUUGGUACCCUCGAAAACUGUAGACGGGUUCUCUCUGAAACAGUCUCGGCUAAGUCAGGUGAUCGGUUAUGUGUUGCACUCGAUGCUGAACUCAAGGAAAUGCAAGAAAGAAUGGCUAGCAGGCAUAUGUAUGAAGCAUCGGGAAGGGCGUACAUACUAUCAGGGCUAAGCUCACACUCAUGGCAACGAGCCACGGCUCGCGGAGACUCAACCUAUGGUUCAAGCCUGGUGCAAGCGUAUCAAACCCCAUCGAUGGUUGAGAUGCUGACUCGAUCUCAAGCUUCUCUUUUGGGCAGCCCGUCGGCGCAAAGACCAGUUCGUCCUAUAUGGUCGUUUGCAUCACCAAAACCAAGGUAAAGUUGGUAUAACGUUUUUGGGGGAUAGGAAGCGCGAUUUUGGGUGUCGAUACUUUUCGUGCUUUAGAUGUGUAAAGCAAUAAAAGGGGUAAGAUUUGGGGGUGAGGGGGUAUAAAAUGGUGAAAGGGGGAAAGAUAAGGGGGGUUAGGGUUCUUGAUUUUGUUUUUGUGGUUCAAAUGUUCUUCCUUGUGUAAUUUUUGGGGGUGAUGUACAUAAGGAGAAAUGGUUCUUUUUCUUUUUUUGGGGUAUAAGCUUUGUAAUUGUGGGGGGGAUAAUUGGGGGUGAAUGGUUUGGUUCUAUUAUGACAUAAGAAUUAUGACACUUAUCAUCUAUAUUUUGUGCUUUCACUCA